AUGCCGACUGCCGCUGUUGAUGCAAGCCUUAGCGUCGAGUUGGAGGGCGCUGCCAAUGAAAACGAGGAUGAUAGUGCACAAUGUGGCAAAGGAUGGAUAAGUACCAUUCAUAUCGCGGUGCAGAGCGGAAACGAGCGCAUCCUUGGUAUGCUGCUACGGCACGACACGGAGGGCAUCAGCUGUCUGGACAGCAAUGGCCGGACGCCACUCUUCCACGGGGCCAUCCAGGACAAUGAGCCCGUCGUGCGGAUGCUGCUGGCUCAUGGCGCCCGCAUUGGCGUGCUUGACAAGGAAGGGCGGUCACCGCUGCAUUGGGCUGUUCUGUAUCGUCGGCUCGAGGUCCUCCGGACGCUGCUCGAGCACUGGAACAAGCGUGAGAGGAACACCUUUGACAUUGAUGCCCACGAUCAUGUCGGCUGGACGCCAUUGCAUCUCGCGGUCGAGAGGCGCUUCGAGGCGGGUGUGUCGCUGUUGAUGCAGAGCGGCGCCAACAUCAAGGUCCGCGCCAACAUUUGUCCGCACACGGGCAAGCCAAUUCCAUUUAACGUGGAGCCGCUCGGAUCUUGA